AUGAAGUUCCUAUUCGUCGUAGCCCUCAUUGUCCUGGCCAUCCAACUGGCUUCCUCUACUAGUACUACUACAACCACUACAACAACAACCACCGAUGCCACCACUACAACAACCACCACCACCGAUGCCACCACCACGACGACAACCGCCGCUUCCACCCACAAGAAGCGUUGUUGGAAGGGCAACAACUGGUGCCACACCCGCAUCCCCAAGAGGAAGUGCAAGCACCCAAAGAGGUGCCACAAGACCAUCGUGAUUGUGACCCACAAGAAGAACAAAAAGAACUAG